UUUAUCCAACGAGGUGAUAAUGUGGUAUGAAGUCACACAUCCACUCCUUCGCAUUAGACUGCUUAUAAAAGAAUAAUAGAACUGAAGGCGGCAAGACUCAGCAAAGAAGUAGUUGCUCCUUGAGAUCCUAAUUGUGAUCACAGCGUCAAUAUCCAUAUGUACGGGUAGUUUAGCCCCACAAAUGAAGGCUUGAGCUAGCACCGAGGUGAAUGCAGGUUGAACUCGUUAGUAGGGCAUUGAGUGGCAAGCGUAUACUUUCUAGUGUAAUUGGAGGGUGACCUUGAGUGUGUGGUACUUGCAUUUUAGUAAGGUCCCACUGGUAAGGACGUCUUGAAGUUCAAGUAGCAUUUGAAUUAUAUAAGGAUUAUUAACCUUGGUAGUAGGAAUACUUCAUGAACGUUUGAUAAACCUGUUCCAAAAAUUGAUAAAAUUGAUGUAGAUUCGUGUGUUUUAUGAAUAUUCUCUUAUCUUUCAAGUGUUUUAUGAAUAUAUCUUAAUUUUAGAAUAUGUUUAUGCACAAAAUGUUCUUUUAUGUCAAACUAUUUCUUUUGUACACCCGUAAGUUUUCCUUUGCAUCACUUAAAAAGUUGACAUCCUUGACAUUUAAAAUGGAGAGUAGGCUUUCGUUGGUCAUGGAAAAAUUGCGCGCGCGCUUGGUAUUUUUAGUAUUCAGAAUUUUUGGUUAUUUUGUUUCUCAAACCAUCUUUACAAGUGCUAUUGCUAUCUGAUCAUGGAUGCAACAACUGUUUCGACGAGAAGAGCUUUCCGAGAGGAGUUUUAGGCCAUCAUCCAGCAGAAAGAAUUACUCGGCAUUAGAAGUUUCUUCCAUCAAACAUCAAACACAGGGCGGGCGUUUGAUGCAUCCGGAGAAAAAGCAUCUCAGACAUUUCCCCUGAACUUUGCGGAACUUUUUCAGACACAUCAAAUCCAUCUUUUUCCUCGAACCUAGAGUGGAUUCUCCUAAAAGCCCGCGGAAAUUUCUUCUGCCAUUAGAGCUCGAGCAUCGUUUUUGUGCACUUGGUGAUCAAGCAUCGUUCUCUACGUUUGUGAGUUCGCUCGGCGUUCGUCUUCUUCGAUUACGUGAGCUUGGAUUUGCAACACCUAAUCUCAUGUCAGGGGCACUUGCCAGUUAGCUCCAGCUUUGAAGAAUGUCCUCUAAAAAACUAAGCAAUUUGCUAGUGCUCACAAUGAGAAUAGGAGGAGCAAAUAAUGCCCUGGACUCAUCAAAAUCAGAAUCACCACCAUCCGACGGAGGCUUCCAGAAUUUGAAAAUGCCAUGCACAAAGAGUUUCUGUGGAGUAAUGUCUGAUCCAGAGCCUUGUUGGAGUCUUAGUGACAUUGUUGCAGAGUUAAAUGCUUUGGAGUCCAAAUUCAGUAACCCUUUCAUCAAGCGUCAACAGCAGAUCGAAAUGGUGGAAAAAAGCAAUAUACAGGGCAAUAUUGUUAGUGGCAAGUUUGUAGUGGAUGCAUCUGACAAAGGGAUGGAUGAUAUCGAAGACAGUUGUGAAGUAAUAGAUAAUGGAAACACGAAUGUGGGUAGUCGAUUCUCUUGUGAUGAUGUUUAUUUGAGCAGUGAUUCUGAGGAUGAAUGCCAUGAUGUGGACUUUCAAGCGCGUGAAAUCUCACUUGUCAAUAGGACAGAGGCUGUAAAAGGCUAUUUGCUUGAAUUGGAGCGUGAAGAGCAGUUAAAAGUUAAGGAAGAAAUAAGGGACAGAAUAUAUUCAUUGAAUGAUUAUCUGAGAAAGGAAAAAGAGCGGACAACUUCAUCAUUUGCUUGUAUCCAAAAAGAUAUAGAAGCAAAGCAAGAGAUGGAUAAAAAACUAGAUAAACAGUACCAAAGAAAAAUUGCAGAAACUUGUGAUAUUCACUUAUCUGCAGUCCAGAGGGACCAUGAGCAGAGGUCAGAAAUAGAAGAGAGAAAAAUAAGAAAAGAAGCAGCCUCUGAAGAUGCCAGAAGAAAGGAGAAAAUGGAACGGGAAGAAAAAGAGAGGUUGGAGAGGCUUAAAGCAGAAGCUGAGGCCAGGAUGAAAGCUGAACAAAUGAAGGCUGAGAAGCUUGCUAUGGAAAGAGCAGCGGUUGAAGCUCAAAAAAGAGCAGAAAAAGAGGCUGCAGAAAGGGCGGCUGAAGAAGCCUUGAAAAAAAAAGCUGCAGAAGCUUCCCAAAGAAAGGCUUCAGAAGAAAAAUCUAGGACUGGUGGAGUAGUUGUUAAGGUGUCUGAUAUGGCAUCAAAGCUAGAGCAGGAAAGAAUGAGUAAACUAUUGGCGUUAGUAGAGCAGAACAAAGCUACUGGUGCAGGCUCCAGUCAGGCUUAUAGAAGGCAUGAAAGGCAAAUUCGUUCGCUGAUCCUACAGGUAUCUGCAACUGUUGAUGUUGUAAGGAAAAAAUCACUUGAAUUGGUUAAAACUAUCAAUGAUCCAUUUUGCCCUCAAUCAAUCUCAGUUGCUACUUUUGCCGAGAAGGCCGUAUCUUAUUGUGAAACUCAAAAUAUGAAUAUGUCAAAUGCAUUCGCACUUGGCCAUGUUAUUGUGCUUGUCACAUCUCAGGUUCCGGCUGUAAUGGCGAUAAUUCUUGCUGAGUUUCAUAAGGCUUGCAUCUUUACUGUUCCUAAACAUAUAGUUUAUUCCAAGUCAGCUUUUGCAACCAAAGAAGCCUACUACAAGAUGAUUGGUUACAAGGAAGAUGGUGGAAACAUUGAAAGCACUGAUAGCUAUUUGCAACGCUUAGAGGCCUAUAUGACACUCUAUGCGGCUUUGAUUCAGACAGAAAUUCCUGGAAUUGCAAACCAACAUGGCCUGAAGGAAGGUUGGGCAUGGCUGGCGAGGUUCCUGAAUGUGAUACCAGCUGAUAGAACUACCGCUACGGCAUUGGUGGCUUUUCUCAGGACUGCCGGACAUGCCCUGUACCGCAGAUAUGGAAAUCAAUUUAUAAAGAUUCUCCGUGUAAUCACUCGAAGGUUCCUUCCAGAUCUGAAAGGAAAGGAGGACCCUUUGGCAUCAAAGGUUAUCAACAACCUUGAGACUUACCUUCAGUCCAAGGAGUACCUCUCUGAGCCAAAAGGCCUACGCUUUGCACAAACCGUGGAGUCGAAGGAUUUCGGAUUCUGACCACUGGUGAUGAAGGCUUGACACAUUCCAUCCGUCUCUGAUUGCUUUUUUUUCAGAAUUUGCGGCCAUCUGUUUGUAUGUCUAUCGACACUUUCCUGUGCCUCAGUCAGUCGGUCAGGGCCAUUUGAUUGUACGAACAAUUUUCUGAGGAAAGAGUUCCCUUUUCCAAGGGGAAAAAGGUUCUCAUGGUGAUAUAUUUAACUUGAUUAUUAUUAUUAUUAUUAUUAUUACUAUUUUUUGUA